GGAAGUGAAUGAAAGUAGCUUCUAAAAUAAAUCAUUUACUGUGUAGUAUACUAAAAAAAUCCUUGGAUUUAUUUAACUGUUUAUCAUUAUUCAAGUUUUGAAGACUUACAGGCAGCAGUUUCUCGGGUUUCUGACUAGUUUGGCUUUGAUUGCUGGUGGCUUAAACUGAACAAUCAUGAAGCUGGAGGUUCCAGAAACCUUUGAAGAUGUUUCUGUUGAGUUUUCAAAAGAGGAGUGGGAGAUGCUGACUAAACAGGAGAAAGAUCUAUACAGAGAGGUGAUGGUGCAGAACUUUGAGAACAUGAUUUCAUUAGGAUAUAGUAUCCCAAUGGAGCAUCUACAUUUACUAACUGAGAGAGAUGAAAAAAUUCCAUGUGGUUGUCCAGAAGAAAGAGUAAUGUUACUGAAAAACAAGCAUCCUGACGGCAUUACUGAUGUUGACAGGAAUGCAGACUCCAGUGAGAUUCAGACAUGUUGGUCAUCACAUUGGAAAGACUUUUGUUCUGAAUAUGACAAGGCUUUGCCUGUCAAGAUAGAAAGCACAAGGCAUGACAAGGCACAGUCUCGAAAUGGUUGUUGUAACUACAUGGAAGUCAAUGAGAGCGUUAACAAGAAUACGGGUUUAGAAACAGAACUGGAAAUUUAUGGAUGGAAAUGGCUUGAUGAGAGCAAAAAAUGUGUAUUUCAUAGUAACAAUGUAAAGGAUAAAUUUGUUUCCUGUGACCAAAGACAAAAGGAUACCAUUGUAGCAUGUAAACAGGGUCCCUGUAGAGAGCAGCUGAAUGAAUGUGUCACAUUUGACAAACGUUUUACAAGUAAAAUAAGUUUAGCAGAGUAUCCAUUCCAUACCAGUCAGGAAUCAUAUAAUUAUAAUCCGUGUGACAAUGUAGUUUUGGGUAAAAGAACUUCAGCUGUACAUGAGAUUAUGCGGUAUAGAGAGAAACCACAUAAAUGUGCCAAGUGCAACAAGAGCUUUGCUAACAAGAAUAUCCUAGCAAGACAUCAGUCAGUGCACUCUGGGCAGAAGCCCUGCAAAUGUGCCACAUGUGGCAAGAGUUUUACAGCGAGGAGUAGUUUGGUACAACACCAGUUACUGCAUACUGGACAGAAACCCUUUAUAUGUGUCACAUGUGGCAAGAGAUUUCCAGUUAAGGGUAGACUGACACAACAUCAACGAACCCACUCUGCACUGAAACGAUAUAAAUGCUCACUUUGUGACAAGCGUUUUACAGAUAAAACCAGCUUGGUAGCACACGAACUUAUGCACACUGGACAGAAACCCUAUCAAUGUUCCAUGUGUGAUAAAGGUUAUACAGUUAAAAAGAGACUGAUGGAGCAUCUGCGUUCCCACUCUGGACAGAAACCCUAUAAGUGUGUCAUUUGUGGCAAAGGUUUUAUUGUUAAGAUAAGCUUGGUGCGACAUGAGACUGUCCACACGGGGCAGAAAUUGUAUAAAUGUGAAAUUUGUGGUAGAGGCUUUAAUGUUAAGGUUAGUUUAGUAGAUCAUCAACAUAUCCACAGUGGGCAGAGAUCUUAUAAAUGUGACAUCUGUGACAAGAGUUUUGCCUACAAAAGUAGUUUAGUAGCACAUCAGAUUACCCACAGUGGGCAAAAGACACAUAAAUGUGACAUCUGUGACAAGAGUUUUGCCCACAAAAGUAGUUUAGUAGCACACCAGUUUGCCCACAGUGGGCAGAAACCACAUAAAUGUGAUAUCUGUGACAAGAGUUUUGUCUGCAAAAGUAGUUUAGUAGCACAUCAUUUUGCCCACAGUGGGCAGAAACCACAUAAAUGUGACAUCUGUGGCAAAAGUUUUGCCCACAGAGGUAGCAUAUUAGCACAUCAGUUUGCCCACAGUGGGCAGAAGCCACAUAAAUGUGCCAAGUGUAACAAGAGCUUUGCAUUAAAGGCUAACAUGGUAAGACAUCAGUUGGUACACAGUGAGCAGAAGCCUUAUAAAUGUGAUAUUUGUAACAAGAAUUUUAAACAGAAACAAUGUUUGUUUAAGCAUAACUGUGCACGCAAUGGGAAAAAGAGAAGGCAGGGGCUGAAUGACAGACAGAAUCAACAAGUGAAGGAAAGUAGUAUUCGUGAAAAGGAAUUCAUCCAUGAGCCGCGGUGAGAUCCUUCAUACAUUAGACCCUGUUUUUACAAAAUCUAAACAAGACAGCAGUGACACGUAGACUGGAUUAUAGAUAUUGUGGAGAAAUGUAGGUCAAAUAAUAAUAAAGAGGCAUUGGUCACAGGGUAAAAAAUGCCCUCUCCUGUAGUACACAAGGCAGAGGGAAACAGUAGUGCACAACUAAAGAAGAAAAAACUGAUACAUUUUGUGGUACCAAGAAGGAAGUACCACAAUUUAUUAGUCUGUGUUUGGUGUGUUUCUGUGGAGUAUUCAGUUUUACAAGAAAAAAAAAGUGGCAGUUCAAGUGAGAUGUAUGAAAACAAUAAAGUAAACUGCUGCAUAUAAGAAGGAGGUUUUGUAUUCUUUAUUUUGUACAACAAACCCAGAAUUUCCACCCAGAUAAAUAGCAAAAAUAAGAAAGAAAAGUAUUUUCACAAGAAAAAUGUAAAACCUGUGGAUAACAAUUUAGAAUCCUUAAUGUGCCAGCUGGGACAAAAAUUACCUAGAUGAAGCAGCAUCAGACUUCCUGAAAAAAGAAGGGACAGAGGAAGUGAUGAAAGAUAAAGAUCAUAAACGGAGGUUAUUUAUUUUCCAUUUGUUGACCAGGAGAGUCCGACUGGGCCAUAGCUGGCCUAUUUUCAGCAGAGCACCAGGGCGAAAAGCUCCACAAAUACAAUGUUCAA